GGACAUGAGCUGUGGACGUGUCAAAGGUUUUGUGAUAUUUUGGUUGACCCCAAAGAAGUUAUCAAGGAUGGUUGGAGGACGGUGAGACGGAGCUUGUCAGUUGAGAGCAAUGCUGCUGUAGAGCAUCAGGAUUUUGUUCCCGAAGCCUGAAUUGGAAGAUAAGGACCAUAUUGUCUUAGAUUUGAACUUACUUGCGUAAGACAUUCUGUCAAAGAUGGGUAAUGGAAUAAGUAAGAUCCUACCAGAUCUGUACCUUGGUAACAUUAAAGUUCCUAUUGGCUUCAAAUUAAUCAGAGAAUGGAUUGGUGUGCAGAUUACACCUGCUGUCAACAACUGCAGCUUCUAUGUGAAGUUGCCGCACAUCAGGUGCCUAGCUAAUGAUGCACAGGACCGGGAGCUGCUGGCAAAGCACAACAUCACCCACAUCCUCUCAAUCCAUGACACAGCUGCACCUGUCCUGGAGGAGAUGACUUAUCUCUGUAUAUCUGCUUCUGACCACUCAAAGCAAAACUUGAUCCAGUAUUUCAGAGAGAGCAUCAUGUUUAUCCAUGAGAGCCGGCUGAAAGGAGAGGGCUGCCUCAUUCACUGUGUGGCAGGAGUGUCCCGCAGCGUAACCUUGGUGGUGGCUUACCUCAUGACAGUGACAGCACGAGGCUGGGUGGAGUCCCUGGCGGCGGUCCGGGCUGCCCGGCCCUGUGCGGGCCCCAACCUGGGCUUCCUGCGGCAGCUGGAGGAGUUCGAAAACAUGGAACUGGCAGAGUAUCGAGCCUGGUGGACGGAGAGGUACGGGAAGAGCUCCUUUAAUGACGAUGAGGAAAUUCAGAAUCUCAUCAAUAAAAAGUCUAAUAACAGUGUUGGCAGCAGCAGCUCUGUCAACAUCCCCCCAGCUCUGGGACCAAGUCACACUUGAAAAAAAUAUUCUGCUCUCAUCACUCCGGGGCUGCAAAAUCUGAGGAGUGUUGGAAUCGCACCAGCAGGAACGUUCAUCCAGUAGUUCUUUGGUAUCAUGAAUUGGUUGAAUGUCAUGCUUGCAGAUUGGCCGGGGGAUUUCAUAUCUCUGUUGUCAUGUCAUGUCUUGGCCUCUAACUGUCAAAACAACAUGCAAGGCCAGCCAAGCGGGACCCCAAGGAAGUAUGUACACAAAGUCCUGAGUGUGAACACACAGUUAGUAGCGGACACUCCCCCUCCGUGAGUUAUGUUAUGCUGUGUCUUGAACUUGAAAUAUGACUAUUAGUUUCUAUGCAGAGAGUGGAAACUAAAGAACAGUUUCCCAGUAAACAUACCACAACAUGCGUUUUUUUUGUAUUAUAAUUGAUAUUAUUUGAAUUUAUUUGUGUUGCCUUAUGUCCAGCUAACAGUAGCCUCUGCAUAAAAAGACAAGCAGUUGUAUUUUGUGUAAAUACAUUUUAAUUGAUGUCAAAUUUCACCCACCCUCUCAGGGAGUUAUGAGUUCAUUUCAAACAGGUUCAUUUAUUUUGACCUGUUUUGACUUUCACAAAUUUAACUAAUUUUGCUUUUUACUGAUUAGUAUCUGAGAUGUAUCCAAAAAGUCUUUUUUAUUUAUGUACAUGUUGUUUUUUUUUUUUUUUUGAAGAAUUUUUGUCCUAAACCUUUUCAUGUUUUGUUACACAAUAAUUUAAAGGUUUUUAUUGGGACUUUAUGUGAUGGGUUUACACAAGGUAAUCCAUCGUUGUGAAGUUAAAGGAAAAAUUAUGCAUGGUUCUUAAUUACUGAUGUAUUUUUUAGAAAUAGGAAAUGCAGGAAUAUUACCCAUCCCUCCUGAUUCAAGACUUUGUCGAACCACAUUUUGCUGAUCUUUUAUGUCUCAGCAAUUUUCCACAUUAAGAAACUGAGACUAUUGCCAAUAGUGCUUUAGAAAUUGGCUAUCAGAUUCUCAUCUGAACAUCAUAUUUUUAAUUGAAUGAAUUUGUUAUUUUUUUUCAAGGCGUUGACUUGCCCACUUUAGCAAUUCAUUCAUCUUUGAUGUAAAACAUUCCAUUGUAGCUGUGACUGUCUGCGCAGGGCCGUGUCGCCCAUCUCAAGCGCUUUGCAACCAACUUUCUUUCAGAAUUAUCUCAUAAAUAACUCUUUCCAUCUUUCCAUUAACUCCAGCCAUUUUUUCCAUCCCUUGCCCAGUCUGUCCACAAGAUGUUCAAAACCUGGGAUAUUGUUUUGUAGUCUUGCUCUGCAUUAAACUCUCCAUAAUAUUA